AUGAAGGGGGAACACGCGCUAGGUGUGUCGUUUUGGCAGAGAAACAAGAAGGUGCUGAUGCCGCUAGUGGCAUUGAUGUCCGUCGGGACAUUGUUCACGCUGCAGUCUGCCUGCUGCGGUCGUAGCGAUGAGGUGCCACCGCUGCAGCAACAGCAACAGGAGUUGUGUCCACCGACAGCGGCACUGCGUCCUUCGUUCAACGGGUCCGUCGCGGAGAUUCUGCACGACGCCCACUACAAGGAACAAUCCAUCGAGAGGCUGUCCCGCGCCGUUCGUAUCCCAACAGAGGUGCAGGACGUGAACCCGGCACCAGAGGACGACCCGGACUUCUACGCACAGUUCUACAAGUUCCACGAGUUUCUGCAGACUCAAUUCCCGCUCGUGCACAAGCAACUCCGCAGAGAGGUCGUAAACAGAGUUGGCCUGCUCUACACUUGGGAGGGGACGGAAACCGAUUUGAAACCUGUGGUGCUCAUGUCACACCAGGACGUCGUCCCUGUGAACAGAGAGACAUGGGACGACUGGGAGUACCCUCCCUUCAGUGGCCACUACGACGAGGAGACCGAUUUGCUUUGGGGGAGAGGUAGCAACGACUGUAAGAACCUGCUGAUCGCAGAAUUCGAGGCCAUUGAGAAAUUGCUAGAGGAUGGGUUCACCCCAAGGAGAACUUUGUUGCUCUCUUUGGGGUUCGACGAGGAAUCGAGCGGGAAAUGGGGGGCAGGCUUUUUGGGCCCUUACAUCCACGACAGGUACGGUGACGACAGCGCGCUGAUCAUUAUCGAUGAAGGUGAAGGUAUCGUCAAAGUCGACGAAAACUUGUACGUCGCGACUCCGAUCAAUGGAGAGAAAGGGUACGUUGAUGUCACCGUGGACGUAGUCGGACACGGCGGCCACUCAUCGAUCCCACCGGACCACACGACCAUCGGGGUCGCCUCGCAACUGAUCGCACUCAUGGAGGAUAACCCUUGGGACUACGAUUUCCAACUUGACAACCCGCUCUACGGCAUGCUUUCGUGCUCUGCGGAACACUCCUCCACACUGGCACCGCACGUCAGAGACGCCAUCGUCAACGCCAGUUGGGACGAACGCAAGAGACGCGAAUUGACCGACUACGUCGCCUCGCAGAAGACGCUCCGCGACCUCAUCAGAACGACCCAGGCGAUCGAUAUCAUCCACGGUGGAAUCAAGGCGAAUGCGUUGCCCGAAUCAACCACUUUCCUCGUCAACCACAGGGUCGAUUUGCACUCCUCCGUCGCAGAGACCGUCGAGCGCGACCUGGAUCUCGUGAAGAUCAUCGCGGACAAGUACGGGUACGGUGUCAAGUUCAUGGACAAUUUCCUAGUGGACGAAACGGAACUAGGGUACAUCGAGUUGUCCUUCAGCAAAGGGCUCGAGCCGGCUCCCAAAUCGCCCAACUCAGGUGAGGUGUGGGAUACCCUUGCGGGGACCAUCCAAGACGUCUUUGAAAACGCCUUCAACAAGGACACGGGCGCGAAGAAGGAAUUGUACGUCACCACGGGCCUGUUCUCGGGGAACACUGACACGAAACACUACUGGAACAUCACCAAGAAUAUUUACAGGUUCACAGGGUCAAUCGCAGAGGGCAGCGUUUUGAAGGGCGUCCACUCCGUGAAUGAGUACAUCCCCAUGUCCGCUCACUUGCCUGCCAUCGCCUUCCUAUACGAGUUCAUUAUCAACGUCAAUGAAUACCUGUGA